AUGAGCCUUCCGCCGAACCACAUGCAGAAUCUCUUUGGAGAUGACGCAGGGGGCAGCCACAACACAGGUCACGGGACGGGCGGCGAAGAUGUAACGCCUGCACUGCUGCUGGAGCAGCUAGCCUACGUAGACAACUUUAUGACAGACCUGGAUCCAGACUUUUCUAACCUAGACACGUUGUUGGGAGACAGGGGCUCCAGUGCUACGACGGGGCUGCCGCUCGACGAGCGCCUCGCGGCAGAGCUGAGCGCAUUCGCGGACGAGAGCUUCAUCUUUCCGGACGAGGAUAAGCACGACGGCGAGGGCAAUGCGGAUCGCGCGAACGAGGUGGGCGGCAGCGCGCUGUCGGAUGCUUGGACACAGUCGCGAGAAGAUGCAGCGGGUAACAGGCGGGCGCAGCUGCUGUCUGAGCGGCGCAAUACGUUCCUGGCAGCCCAAUAUGACUCCACCCGGCAACGGUUUUCGCGGCAGGCGGAGACGCCGGGAGCGGGGGACACAGACCAUGGUGGAUUCAUAAACUACGACACGGCGCCGGCGCCGGCUGCCGGGGACUUUGCGCUUGAUGUGGAGCAGGCGCAGGCGCCGGCAACGGGCACACAGGUGGGGCAGCGCGGCGUGACGCCUCCCAGCUACCCAAAUAUCCAGAUGCCCGAGUACUCUCGCAUCCCUACGGCAACCCUAGUUGCUCUGCUGCCGAAGGUAGAGGUUCCACCGGGGGCGCUACGGUCGCUGCUGCAGGUAGGGUUCACGCGCGACCAGGUGGACGCAGUCCGGGCCAUCAUGGCGUACCACCAGACGCGCGGAGUACAGUCCUCAACGGGCACUGCUCGUACAGUUCCUUCGCUGGCACAGCGAUCUCGGAUGCCACUCCAAAGUCCCUCAAUGGCAUAUGGUAGUGUGGCACCGGUAUCCGAAGCACGAGAAUCGCCUGCUGGCACUGCGGACAAUAAUUCCGCCACGCUUUUCUUGGAGUUGCUUUCAAAGCAGCAGGGUAGGCGACGGUCUUCUGCGGAACCAACGGAACGCCACGAGGAGCGCGAACACCGCAGUAGCGUAGCGCCGGAGGAGCAGCAACGUACCUGGCCUCGGACGGCCAGCAGAGAUAUAGACACGUUGUCCAAUGGGCCGCUGUUGGGGGACGGCCAAAGUAACAGCGACAACCUCUCACGCAGUGCGGGGCAUCCCCUCGCGGAAGGCAGCAGCGCGCAGGUGGCAGAAGUCAAGGCGGCAUAUGGCAACACAACGAAAGCACACCUGCGCCGUAAGCAGAAGGAGCUGGAACUGGAGAAGUCAGUGCAGGAACUGAGUCAGCUAGCCACUACUCUUAAACAGCGAAUACAAACAUUGGAAAUGGAAAACAGGCUGCUGAGGAACAUCGUCGUAGAGAAGGGCGAGCCGUCCAAAACCGAGAAGGACAAGGCCACGCAGAGACAAUUCUACCCCGAGGUACACGAAGGUGCUUGA